GGGGUAGUUCAUGUUGAGAAAUUAUCUAACGGCCUGAAAACCAGACACAUAAUUUUUGAGUCAUACCGUAAAAUCAGCGUGAUCAUAAAGGGAUGCUGGUUCAGUAUGAGCACUUGAUGUACGUUUGUGAAGCUAUACUGAUGGCCAGCAAGAAAAAACAGGCGGUUCCAAAACUCAAAAGCACCGAAAAAUCUCCGGUUGGGAAGCGUAAGAAGCCGGAGGUGGUAGACCCGGUGAGCAGCGAUGGAGAAGACUCGGAGCUAGAGAGAAACUUUGCGAUUUUUAGCAAACAGGGCUCGUCGAACAGCGCCGAGCGAGAGCAGGAAUCCGAUUUUGAAGAAGAUGAGGGCGACCGCAGUUCAGAUGAUGGCAGCGAGCCUGCCGAACAGGCGAGAGGUCCGGAGUCCGUCGGCAUCCAAGGAGAUGUUGAGAGCAGCGAUGGAGAAGCUGAGUCAGACGGCGAUUCUGAAGACGAUGAGGAUGACACUUCUGAAGACGACGAGGAUGACACUUCUGAAGAAGAAACGACGAAAUCCGAGGUCACAAAUGAUGGAAAAAUAAAAACUGAGGAGGAGGACAUCAAAAGUGAACUUUCAACGAUGUCUUUCGAGGACAUCAUGAAACUGCAGAAUAAAGUCGGGAUGAAGGUUUAUAACGAAGUGGCCUACGGGACCAAAAACAAACAGGUGCAUGAGAAAAAGAAACGCCUGAACAAGAACAGGCCUAUGGAGAUAUCCGCUAAGAGGCCAGCUCCUUUUCUAAGACAAGUGGUGCCUGUCAAAAAACCGGUUCUGAGGGACCCUCGUUUUGAUGACCUGUCUGGGGAAUAUAAGCCAGAGAUCUUUGAAAAGACCUACAGCUUUAUUCACGAUAUAAAGCAGAAAGAAAAAGAGAUGGUUCAGAAGAAGCUUCGGAAAGUCAAAGGAACCAAGAGGAGGGAGCAGCUGGAGCAACUACUGAAGAGGAUGGUGAACCAGGAGGAGGCGCACCAGCGGCAGCAGCAGCAGCGGGAGAAACAGCUGGAGCUGAAGAGGAAGCAGAGGGAGCUGGUGGGGGAGGGACACAGGCCCUACUUCCUCAAGAAGUCGGACCAGCGCAAGCUGGAGCUGGCGGAGAAGUACCGGGACCUGAAGCGGAGCGGGAAGCUGGAGAGCUUCCUGAGCAAGAAGAGGAAGCGCAACGCCACCAAGGACCGGCGGAAGCUGCCCCCCAAGCCCGCCGCGGCGAUGUGACGCGCCACCCCCCACCCCCCCCCCCCCGCCGGGAGGCUCCGGAACAGCCUGCGGGUUCCGCCGCCUUCGUCAUCGACGCGACUCUUCGUCUGAGGCUCGGCCCGGCCGUCCGCGCGGAGCUCGGCGAGCCGCGUGCGGUUUGGCCGCUGGCUUUGCCGAUUUUUUAAGCUGUCGGCCACGGUCAGAACCGCCGCGGUCCGGGUUUCGAGACCAGUCCGUGGGCCUCAGCCGUUAAAACAAACUGUAUUUCAAUCAUAAAGUACAUGUGUGUUUAUCUGCGUGCGCGCCAUACCGUUUUCUUGUAUCUGUGUGAAUUAUCUUUGUGUAAGGAAACCGGGAAACAUAUUUAAUUAGAGUUUCGACAUGCCGUUUGUUUAAGUGUGCAUCACAAGUGCCCUGUUCUUUUAAGUGUUCUUCCAGUGGGGGCAGCUGGAUUGAUUUUGACAUGAAUUAGCGAGCUUUCAGAUAGUGAAUUAUCAUGCCUGCAUUUUGGAGUUUUUUGUUUUGUUUUGUUUUGUUUUUUUUUUUGGUAGCUGUGCGCCAUUCAUUUUUCAUGACGUUAAUUUGAAUUCAAACUGCCGCACCGCUGAGGAGUCUGAUUGCUUCUGUGUAAUAAAAUGACCCUCCAGUCGCGCAGGGGCCGGGUGGA